CCUUUUGUGUUGUGAUGCCAUGUGGACUUGUAGGCAGCUUAGUUUCUGUUUUUCUGUGUUUUAUCUUCAACUAUCAAAUUUAGAAUGUACAGAACAUACUGCAGGCUGAGGAAAUCUCUGAUAGGUGUGUGAUGGUUGUGGGUAUUUUACUUUUCUGAGAAACACAUUUUUAUGCAUGCAGAUUGUUGCAGUUUGCUCAUGAUGGUGGCAGGUAUAUCUGUGAGCCUGGAUUCAUCUGAGGAUGAGGAUGUUGUUGGAAAAAGGAGGUCUACCAGACAGAAGUUUGUGGAGAGUGAGGAUGAGGCAACUGAUGACUCAAACAUUAUUUUAAAAGCAUUCAAUCACAUUGACAGCAAUGUUGAACCUGAUAGAGAACCAUCAAAAGAUCCCAGAUGUGGCUCCAUAGUUGUGAAGGAGAUGCCAUUUGGUGAAGUGGACACAUUCAAGAAGAAAUGGAAGAUUUUGCUUGACAGUGACUGCAGCUCAGAUGAAGAAACCCCCAAGACUCACUUGAAUAUAUCAAAGAAUGCUGAUGAGUCUGAAGAGAAUGUGGGGCACAAUUCACAGUCUCACUUCUCUCUGAUGAAAGAGAGUGAUUUGUAUGAUGCAGAGGAAUCUGAAGAUGAGGCAACCCCCAGACACAGCGCGGGAAACAGUCUGCAGUCUCACUUCAGUGUGGAAAAGAGGGAACUGUACGAUGCAAAUGGCUCUGAAGAUGAAGUGACUCUCAAAUCAAAGUCCAAAAGGAGUUCCAAAUCGAAAGGCAGAUGUGUAUCUGAGAGAAGGAGCAAGUCAGAAGCAUUGCAGCAGAUCCAUAGCGAGACACAGCGCUUGGUACGGGAGUCGCGCGUGUCCCUGCCCUACCACAAACCGUGCCAACGCAGCCUUGCAGAAUUUCUGCAGCGCCGCCACACCUCAGCAUGCAGUGCUGCACCACUCAAGAUAUCUGCAAAUGACCUUGGCCAAGUGUGGAAUGAGCUGGAACACAGAGAGAAAGAUGUAGAGGAGUUCUACAAGUCUGAUUCAGAUGAAAGUGUUGCCGAUAUGUGCAGUCCUUAUGCCUCCAGAGACGGUAGUGAUAAUACCGGCAAUUAUACUGUUACUACCGGUGCUUCUACCAAAAUAUUGAUCAAUAAUUCUGUUAGCGAAAUAGGUACUUCUAACAGUACUAACAGUUCAGCAGUUAUCAGUUCUGAUGACAGUAAAAUACUGAUUCCUGGCAUCAGCGGUCGUGCUGACGCACCCAGUGGUGAGGCUGGUGUUUCUUCCAGUAAUACUGAUAUAUACAUCGAAGACACUGGUGCUGGUAGCAGUGUUCCAAAUGUUGAAACUAAGAGCCUCAGUAGCUCACAGGCAGCAGACAAUAACCGUGAAGUAGAACUUGGACAGAAUCAGAUUGCAGAAGACAGUUCUAACUUCCAUCUGCAUUACAGUGAGUCAUGCAGUGAGGACAUGAGGGAGCCUGCACUGGUAACAAAUUCUGCCUUGCAUGAUGAUGAAAGCAACGCUUUGGACAUCCGUCUGGAAGCAGCAAAUACUGAGGACCUGGCUCUUCACUACACAGAGUCUUCUGUGCCAGGUGGUGAGGAAGAACUCCAGAAGCAGGAGAAAACUACAUCAUGGGAGAAUCAACAUCUGCAUUUGCCAGAUGGUGAUGGUGAUGACAACAAGGCAAAAACAGUGCUGCAGGGCCUCGCUCGGAGAAGUUUGCCUGGUCUGGGGGACGUCUCAAAGUUGAAGCCGCAACUUAGUGGGGCUCCCAACGGGGUGAUAGAACUUGACGAUGAAGAGCCGGCCCUUGCAGGAGUGGUGAAACUGGUGGAGCGCUACAUGAAACAUUCUGCAGCGAAGAAGCCUGCUGAGAAGAGGCACACUGUAGAAGUCGGGUGUGUGAGUGCUGAGAAGGGCGUAGAUGGGAUUGGAAAUAUACACAGAGAUGUGGUGAAGGUUGUGCUGGGGAGUGAGGAGGCCCAAGAUGACCCUGCGUUGGCCAAGCCUGGGGCGAAGCUGCGGCGGCUGAAAGAGGAACUCCAGCUGCAGAUAGCGCAGCGCAGGGCAGAUGAGUGGCACAGGCACCUUCAGGAGCAAGGACCGGACAUUGAAGAGGAGGGGAAUGAGAAAGAAGACGACCUGUCGGACUGUGGAGGCCUGUUGGAUGACUUGGAGACGGAAACAACAGAUGCAGAGACAGAGAGCGAGGAAGAGGAAGAUAUUGUACUUGUGGAGAAGAAGAGGGUGAAAAGUGCAUUCUUGGAUGACGAGGCAGAAGUGUCUGAUGAUGAUGAGACAUCUGGUGAUGAUGAAGAUGAGGUAUCGGAGGGUGUGGCAAAUGAUAUGCUAGAGGUAGCUGAUACGAGGGUGAAGAGCACAUUCAGAGACGACAAGGCAGAUGUGCGUGGUGAUAGCAGUAACGAAGAUGACAUGUUACCAGCUGCAAACAUAGAAGAGGCACUUAGUACCUCUCCGAGGAAGACGAUGCUGGAACGAGCGAAAACGUUUGACUUGUUCGCAUCUCAAGAUGGUGGUGGAGAUUCAGAUCUGGAUACAAUCCCACCAUACCAGCCCCAUGGGGCAAUGAGAAAACAGACCACACCAAUUGUGGACCGCAAGAAACACAUCCUCGACCUCAUCUCGCCAGUUUCCAACCUGACGUCCCUCAGGGACUCGCCUUCUACGCAGUCCCCACUCACUGGUCAGGUGUUCGGCGGCACACUGGCUGGCAUGUCGAAGAAAUUGUUUGCGGAACCUGAUGUGCCAAGCACACAGGACAACAUGGAGGAGCUGCUGGGACUCUGUUCGGGUCAGUUCACAGGGGACAUUGGUGUUCUGGUGGAUCCUACGAUGGAAACAGGCUUGGAGGAGGAGCUGUUAGGUCUGUGCUCUGGCAAGUUCAUCUCUCAGCCUGUGAACCUGCGCAGCCUUGAGAAGGAUGAGGAGCGGUCUCAGCCAUCUGAAAGCCCACCAGAGUCUGCCCUGGCACUACACUCUGCUGAUGACGAGGAAGACGAAGUGGUAGAGAUUAAAGCUCGCAAGAGGCACAGGAAGUUGGACUUUUCAGAUGAGGAGUCAGAUAUUGAGAGUGAAGUGACCAGUGACCUGCCAGAUGUCAGUGAAACGAGAGUUGUCGACUAUGACUCGGAGGAGAAUGAGGUGGUGGACCCUCGAAAGCCACGGGAAAAUGCAGUGGCAGAGUUCUUUGAGGAUGAGGCAGAGCUGUCGGAAUCUGAGUGGGACAGUGCUGAUGAAGAUGAGCAGGGUUUGGACACCAUGGAGCUGGAGGAUGGAGAUGCCGAGGUGCUGGACCAGCACAAAGUGAAGGAGCAGCUUGACAGAAUAUACAUGCGUCGCUUGCUCGAUGAGGACCGUCAGGAGGUGCGCCUGCUGCAGGAGAUACUGCUAGAGGAUGGCGAGCUGCAUUCAGAAGGCGGUGGACGCGAACGCAAGUUCCGCUGGAGGAACACGAAUAAUGUGGAUGAUGGUGAACUGCAUCAUCAGGAUUCAGACAACGAGGGUGUGGAGGAAGUUGAGAUUGAAGAUGAGGAGCUGUGGCGCCGCAUGAGACAUGAGCGCGAGAUAUUCCUGCAGCAACAGAUAAAGUCAGGGUCACGCGUGGAUGGCGUGUUGAGUGAUGAGUUAGACAGUCAGCUGCUCAAGCUGGGAUGGGCUGCACUGAAGAGGAUCAACUCGCAGGAUCCAGCAGAUCGACCUGGGUCCAUCAGAGAAACCAUGUUGGACAUCCUCGUGUCACCUGAUACCAAGCGUCCGUUCAAGUUGCUGACAAAACGUGGGUCCUUCCUGGCUCGAGGUGAGAAUGCGCUGGCGAGGAUAGCGGACGUGACUCGGACUUCCGCAGGCGGUCCUUCUGUGGGACCAAAAAACUCGCGUAACUUUGUGUUUGCGACUGUGAGUCCAGAGAAGGCGGAGGAGAGCGGCGGCGCGGAUUUGGCGUCCGCGCAGACAAAGAAGCGAAAGCAGGACCUGCAGGUGACACCGCGUGUUGUGAAGAGACUGCGCAUCUCAGAUGAGCACUCACGAGGACGCAAAUUGCUGGACCUUCUCAUGUGAGACUUCCUGAAUUAAGUUGUGUGGUGGGGGAGAGAAUUCUUGAUUAUUUUGAUAGCAGACUCGACUGACGUCUAGAAAAUUUGAUGAACAGUUAGUUAUUAGUUGUUUGGCUGUGGAAACAAACAUGGUCCCUCUUUGACGCACUCAUUCUAGUGCACGUCCUUUAUUGGAUGUGAAGUUUUAAGUUCGUAAUUGAAAGCGUGGCCUUGUUAAAUGUUGUAUUUUAUUGCAGUGGGUUCCUUACCAUAAAAUGUAAUUCAAUCCAA